GUGGGGAAGGCCAGGCCAGGAGGCAGAAGGCGGAGGUGGAGGCGAAGUAGACGUGGUGGUAGUGUUCGUAGUAGUAGUAACACGAAGAGGAGAAAGAGGCAGAAAGAAGGGGGUGGAAGAAGCGGUGGUGUAACGGCGCGGCGGCAGAGUUAGCAGUGGAGCAAAGAGCGUGACAGGGAAAGAGGAAGAAGCGAGAAGGGUGAGAAAGGAGGGUGAAGGAAGAGAGAAAAAGAGAUUGGAGGGAGUGGAAGAGGAGGAGAGGUGGUGGAGGAGGAGGAGACAGGAGAAGCGGAGGACAGGAGAAGCCUCCACUGUCGGAGGACAGAUCCCAACGCACGUCAGGAUCCCAGUCGAACGGACUGCCGUCGGAUCACUGAGGAUAUCCGGUGUACCGGAAACCGCGCGCCGGAAUGGACUCUUUGUGCACCCUCCACAGUGUCCGGCUCGAGGCAACAUCGUCACCCGUCCGUUUCGGACCAUCCUCCGUCUGAUCGAAGAGGGAUCAAAGAGGACCCAGCCAGAAAAGGAGGAGAAUUGUGCUUUAUCGAACUGUUCUUUAUCGAAAGGGGCUACGGAGUGGGAUAGACUGAAAUAAUCGACAGGAUAAUCUGCGAUCGUGCAUAAACUCGCAUGGCUCGGAGGACUGUCAGGGUUCUUACAAUUAGUGUUUUGUUUACGAAUCUGCCACCCGCCGUGCAGCGAUGAGAUCCAAGCCGGUGGCUAGAAGAUUGGCACAGGGAAGCAGCGACGAAGGCGAGUCGACGUCGGGCACGUCGGCUGGAGGAGGUACAGGAAUCGGCGAAAACACGGAAAUGGAGGAGAACGGGUCGAUUCGUGCCGGUAGCAACAGUUCCGGCAUCGGCAGUCAGGUGUACAGGGAGCUGAAGAGCCUGCACUCCAACUCCACCAUCGGCCACGAUUUGUCCCAGGAUUACAAUCAGCAAUCGAGGCCGUCCUAUCAACGAGGUUACUCGCCCGCCAUGGACAAGCAACAGCAACACUACGAGAAGGAACGACAUCGAACAGCCUCGUCGAAGGAGGAAGAAAAGUGUUCGUGGGAUUACUUGGAGAAGAGUGACAGAAAAGAGUACUCGAGAUCGCGGGAGUCGUCGUACAGGAACGAAGCCUACCAGGACACGAUGAAGCAAGAGCAGAAGGAGCAAUCGAAUCGCGAAUGGGUGUCACCGGUGCCGGAGGUCGAGGUGGGAGGCAGCUCGGCCGAUCCUCAGGUUCGAGCGCGAAAGGACAUUCCACGGGGUGCAAGAUUCGGCCCCUUUCUCGGCAAAUGGGCGAGCGAACCUUUCAACCCCCGUUACGCAUGGGAGGUUCGUACCGCUGGAAGCGGUGUCAGGGGGUGGUUGGACGCAUCCCACGAAACGAACAACUGGCUGAAAUACAUUCGCAGCGCCAACAGUCCGCACGCGGUUAAUAUGCGGCACGUGCUGAUCGGCGGACAGAUGGUGUACGAGGCCGUACGGGACAUAGCGGCGGGUGAAGAGCUUCUUCUCGGUGUUCGAGAACCUCUUCAGCUGCAGGACAUGCUUGGUGAAAAUACGACCGAGGACAGAAGCGAUAGAGAGACCGCCUCGCAACACAGCGGCACCGUUGACGAGGAUAAAGAGGACGAGGAAGAGGGUGAGACCAGGUGCACCGUAUGCGACAAGCCGUUCCAAGACAUCGAACUAUUGGACAGCCACCUGGUAUCCUGUCACAGAUAUCCUGCGGAGCAACACCGCUGCGAUACCUGUCCCCGUGCCUACGCCUGGCGACCUCUUCUAGUUCGUCAUCGCGCGAUCGUUCACGGUGAUCUUCGAAAUUAUCCCUGUGAAAAUUGUCCAAAGUCGGACAAACCGCAGGUCUUCACGGAUCCGUCGAACCUGCAGCGUCACAUCAGGACGCAUCACGUGGGCGCGAGGAGUCACGCGUGCACCGAGUGCGGCAAAACGUUCGCCACCAGUUCCGGCCUGAAACAACACACCCAUAUCCACAGCAGCGUGAAACCGUUCCAGUGCGAGGUCUGCUUGAAGGCGUACACCCAGUUCUCCAAUCUAUGCCGGCACAAACGAAUGCACGCGGACUGUCGCAUGCAGAUCAAGUGCGCUAAAUGCGGACAGUCUUUCAGCACCGUCACCUCGUUGUCGAAGCACAAACGAUUCUGUGAUUCAACGCCACCGACCGGUCCACCAGGAGCCAUGCCGCAAUUACCGACCUCGGCACCGAGCCCUUUCCUCGUCUAUCGACCUCCCGUCAGUCUACCGGGUAGUCUCCCAUACUACCCGUCCAGUCUGAUGGGCCCGUACCCAGGAAUAUUUCCAAACGCUCCGCACUUCUUGAACACCCCACUGUUGUUCCCGCCUAAGGUUGAGGAAGCCGAGAAGAGAAGCGACAGUCCGAAGAAGGAACGUUUCACCCCGCCAAGGGUGCUACCCCAGCACAGCAAAGUUUCUCCAUCCACCGCCGAAGAAGCUACUUCGUCGUUCAGACCCUCUCCAGCUAGACCGCCUGUCCAGCCUACUCCAGAGAGCGACGACGAUCCCUCGAAGAAGCGAAAAGUUGGCGGAAACAACGAGAAGAAGGUGGACUCUGAGCAUAAUUCAACAAACGCGAACGAAGAGACGACGGAUCAACCUCUGGAUCUGAGAGUCCAAACGAAGAAACAAAAAACAACAGCGAAUACCGCCGAGAGGAACAACCACAGUCCUUCGCCUGUUCCAGCACCGAUGGAGGAAGCUCCACCGCCUCCUGAACCUCCCAAGCCCGAAGAAGAGGUCCACGCACCGAUAGACGUCGAUACCAAGGACGUACCCAGUAGUCUGCAACUGAGAACCAGUUUACCUGAACAACCGGUCACCAAUACUCCGCCGCACAUGGCUUACCCCAGACCCAUUCAUCCCAUGUUCCUGGAGGCCAUGUACCGCGGUCCAACGGGCAGUUUCCCAGGCUUUCCAGGCGGACCGCCUCCUGGAAGUGGCACGCCAGAGUCCAGGCUAUUACCACCGCUCCAACCGUUCGAACCACCCCGUGGGCUUCCUUUUUUAGGGACGUUCAUGAACGGGCUCAGCGGCGCUAGGCCAGGAGGCGGAGGAUUCGACCUGCUUGCCAGGCCACCGUUGGGACCGUUCCCCGGUGUAAAGCCGUUUCAAGAGGCCGUAAUCGCGCCCCAUCACCAUCACCAUCCUCAUCACGCUCACGGCAAGAUGAAGGACCGAUACUCCUGUAAGUUUUGUGGCAAGGUAUUCCCCAGAUCAGCCAAUCUGACUAGACACCUGCGGACACAUACCGGCGAGCAACCCUACAAGUGCAAGUACUGCGAGAGAUCCUUCAGCAUCUCCAGCAAUCUCCAGAGACACGUUAGGAACAUCCACGACAAACAGAGACCAUUCAAGUGUCCCUUAUGUGAGAGAUGUUUCGGGCAACAGACCAAUUUGGAUAGACACUUAAAGAAACACGAAGCUGACGACGGCAGUGGAGUCGUCUCUGUGGCUGAUUCACCAGGUAGUAGCAACGAGAACGAACGCGAGGACACGUAUUUCGACGAAAUCAGGUCGUUCAUGGGCAAGGUAACGUACGGUGGUGAAGCAGGUUACGGGCUACCCCCUCACCCUGCUUACCUACCCAGCAGACUACACGAAAUGCACGAGUCCAAGAUGGAAACCGAGUACGACGAGGACGAAGACAGCGAGGAAGGAGUGUCCCCUUUAGACGAAACCGAUGGAUUGUCCCCCGUCGAGGCCAAGGAAUCCACCCCACCCCCGCAGUACGAUCUGAAGCUGAGGGAGAAGCAAGAAAUGCUCAAUAACAACACCGCCGAACCGGUCAUCGAAAUUUCUACAUAGCCCAUAGGUCGCGUAGGUUAAACGAGGAGAAAAAUCGUCCUUUUGGAACGGACUGAUCCUCUUUUAGUGACACAUAGAACUGUUACGAGGAUGUUUGUCUCGAUGUAAUUUUUUAACCGUAGAUAGAUUCCGUCGAUCGUGUUUACUCGUAGUGAAAGAAGUGUUGGUUCGAGGAUUGUGUUACGGGAUUACUUAAUACAUCGACCUCUUGUUUUUUUCACGUCUCUGUUAUUUUCGCACCCCAACAGUGAGAGCGUAAAAGAGAUCGAACGAAACACCACUGUCUUUUUUUCACACGCAAACACACACACACACACACACACACACCGGUUACGAGCAAAUUGUUCAAUAGCGUAGUUCCUACAGACUCGUUCUCAUUGUACACGCGCACGUAAAUUAAUAAUCGUUCGAAUCCUGACCCCUCCCUUUCUCAUCGUCCACCGUAGCAUUAUUUAUUCGUCUCGCCGUGUUUCUUUGCAUCGCGUGAAAACCGCCUCGGCCAGAAGAGGCUGACGUCUUUGUCGAGUUUCUAAAACUCGGUUCAACCCUUAACGGUGUUCGUGCAAGGACGAUCUGAUCGUGAAACGAUGGAAAAGGAGGAUUGGAACUUUUGCUGGAAGAAAGUCGGAUUCACCGCUGUUUUCUUUCUUAGAAAGUAAAUCGAACGUUGUAAUCUUCGAGGAUGAAAUGAUGGAAAAUGGGCUGCUGAAGUCUGUACUCGAAUAGAUAGCAUGAAAAAUUGGUUUAGUCGAUGCGAAGCCAAAGCGACGAGGAUAACGAUUAGCGAAGCGAGCGUGUAAUUAACAGAGAAACGUUUUAUGAGAAUCUGUGUACAAAUUUCCAUUAGGUGAUAUAACGUUUGUAAAAAAAAGAGAAACAAAAGAAUACGAAAGUUCUUCGUGAUUUUUAAUAUAUAUAUAUACAUAGACAUAUAUUAUACAUACAUAUUAUAUAUAAAUAUAUAUAUGCGAUCUUAUGAAUUGACCGUGACACGAGUCACGAUAGAUUCUUUAUCAAAGACGCAUAAUUGUUACGUUUAUUUCACUCGAUAGUUAAUAAAGUCGUGCGUUUCCAUCCGGCUCUCGAUGUUUGAAGAGAAAUGCUCUCGUGAAUGUUAAAUGAAGCAAGUUUGCAAAUACUUUUUGCGAAAAGAAGAAAGAAUAACGUUUCCUUCUUGUUUCUUUUUUUUCUUUCGAUUGUUCUUACCUACGAUUGUGGACAACAUCUGUUUUCUUCAUGUAAGAUUUUACGGAUACGUGUUCUAACAUAUCUCUCUUAUCUUCAUCCUCUCUGACUAAUAGACGAUAAUAAACUUACGGAUUGAUUAAGCAUACUUACGUCGAUCGAGAUAAUUAAGGACGAUUAUAUUAUGACUCUAUCUAUACAUACUGUAUAAAAUGCAUCCUGUAACUUCAUUAUGAUUACCAUUAAAAUAUUACACUUCAACUUU